AUGCGUUACCUCUCUACUAUUCAAAUAACAUCUAUCGCUUCACUUAUUGGUUUAUAUAUUGUUAUUACAGACCCAAUAAGUGAAUACCCAUUCCCCUCGCAUGUUUCUGCCCCCAGCUUUGUUACUGUACAGCUGAGUGGUAAGGACACGUAUGCUCUAUGGAGAGAACAGAUGAAAGGUCUUUUAGAUCUUCAUGAUAUGCUUGACUUUAUUAAAUCUGAACCUCCAGACGAAGCUUAUGGUGAAUUGUCAACGUGGUCAAGAUCAGAUGCACUAGUUCGAGGUUGGAUUCUUGCUACUCUAUCUCUCGACAUACUCAAGUCGGUAAUCGACCCGACUUUCACUGCAAAAGACGUAUGGUGUAAGCUGGAGGAAACCUAUGGUCCUGCAGCACCAGGCCCAAGUAGCAACGGUACAGAAGUUGAUCAAUACCAAUACCCAUACCCGUCACAUGUGUCUGCCCCCAACUUUGUGACAGUACAGCUGACUGGUAGAGACACGUAUGCUGAGUGGAGAGAACAGAUGAGAUGCCUUUUAUUGGGUCAUGAUAUGGUUGGUUUCGUCUUAGAAGGACCCAACCAUAACAGUAGGUGGUGGAGAAGAUCAGAUGAACUGGUAAAAGGUUGGAUUUGUGCUACUCUUUCGCCACAAAUACUGAAAUGGGUGACCAAGCCACCGGUGUUGCACAGGGCGAUGUACAAGCAUGUGCAAGUCACUGCAUCAAGCCUAUGGUUUAAACUCCUUGAUGCUUAUGGUCCUCUUGAUUUACACAACAAAGCAGCUUAUUACGAACGGGAUCGAGAAGAAAAAAUUAGAGGAGAAGAAAGGAAGUGGUUGUUAAAUAUAGCUGAAGAUAAGCCGCUGGUAGAUGUAUUCCCUUCUGUACCUCUAAAAAGAGAAGACCAACGACAAGUUGAGGCUGCAAAAGACGAAUUGCAUAAAGCUAUUCUAAAAGAAGACUUUGAGACCGUUAAGCGCAUCUGUGAUAACAAAGUUGUUUCAUGGGGUCGCUAUCUCACCAUCAAUAAUUAUAGUGCAUUCCAUGUGGCAGCGACUACCAGCAACAAUAAGGAUUUUUUAGAAAAGAUGUAUAACUUGCCAAAAGAUAGCUCCGAUCUAGAUAUGCCAAGUCCAGACGGAAACCCACUAUUUGUUGCUGCUGAUGUUGGCAACACUGAAGCUGCUAAGAUACUGUUUGGAAGAUAUCCACGCAUGUUGAAAAUACUUGAUGGAAAUGGACAGGGGCCAGUUACCAGAGCUCUUUCUAAUAUGCAUACUGAGACAUAUGACUAUUUGUGGGAUUGCCAGGUCAGAACUAACCGCACUGAUCAUGUAUUUUGGCAUGGUACUGAGAUUCUGGUUAAUAUGAUUUCUUCUAAAGAGUACGGUUCAGCGCUGGAUAUGUUUCGUAAACACACUCAUCAAUUUCUGCCAACCGCUGACAGUUUGCUCACAGCUAUAGCUCAAAACUUCCCACCUAACCUCAACUUCUUGGAUAGAACACUAUACAGAGUACUGAAGGAUUGGUGGCAAGCGGCAAAAAGAAAACAAAAGGAUUACGAUGAUUGUAAACAACUAUUAGCUACAAUCUGUUCCACAAUAAAUGAAGCAAUAGCUUUCAACCAUCACUAUUACUAUUACAAAGAUGCGAUUCUUGAAGCCGCAAGACAAAAUGAAAACGAUGUUGUAAGUAUAAUUGUGGCGGAAUUCCCGAAUGCAAUCUUUAGUAGAAAUGAAGACGGCCAUAACAUUAUCCAGUAUGCGGUGAUAAACCGUUCAGAAAAGGUUUGCAGCCUUGUGCAUCAGAUGAGGCAACAUAAAAAUGUUUAUAAAAUAAUCAAAGACCAAUUUGGGAACAACCUCUUGCAUCUGGCUGCAAAAUUAGCACCUACCCACAAACUGAGUCCUAUAUCAGGUGCUGCUCUGCAAAUACAAUACGAACUACAAUGGUUCAAGGAAGUCAAGAAAUUUGUAUACCCAGCAUGCACCAAAGAGAAAAAUUGGUAUGGAGACACACCUGAAAUGGUAUUUACCAAAGAGCAUAAGGAGUUGGUGACCGAGGGAGAGAGAUGGAUGAAGGAGACUGCAAACUCAUUCACGAUUACAGCUGCAUUAAUUGUCACCAUUGUCUUUGCUGCAGCUAUUACAGUACCAGGUGGAAACGAUCAAGAAAAGGGGAUACCAGUGUUUACUAACAAAACUGCCUUGAAAAUAUUUGCAAUAUCGGAUGCCAUAUCACUGUUUACUUCUGUUACAUCCCUGUUAAUGUUUUUGUCAAUCCUCACUGCACGUUUUUCUGAGCAAGACUUCCUCUACAUUUUGCCAACAAAGUUGAUAAUUGGUCUUGCCACCUUGUUCAUCUCAACAACAGCCAUGCUCGUAGCAUUUGGUGCAGCCUUAUUCCUUAUGUUUGGCCGUGACAACUCCCUAACUCUUAUUCCUAUAGCCAUUUUGACGGUCCCACCUGUUCUUUCUUUUCUGUUUUUGCAGUUUCCACUCGUAAUUGAUCUGAUUAGGGCCACUUAUUGUCGCAAUUUAUUUGGUACGAAAACUGAUGGCUUCAUCUAUUAAAUGUAAUGUUUUCAGAUGUAAUAAUUCUUGUACU